CAAGUCUGUGGGUAUUGAGAGCGUGUAAAAACAUUUGUAUAGCUACGCCAAUAAUCCAUUGAUCGAUUAAAAAUUAGCAAACACUUGCGGAUAUUUUUUUUUUGUUGUAAUAUACUUAGUUAAAGUAUUUGAGUUCUCGAGUUUCAGUUGAGUCUUAGAAGGCACAUCGGCAACAUGAAGCUUUCUCAAACUGUCAGCAACUUGGUUUUACAUGCUAUAUUGUUAAUCCUUGAGUACGUGGAAACGGCAAAUGUCACUAAUACUAGUAAUAUUUCAACAGAUAAUCGGCGCGCUUUGAGGGACAGGCUUUUAUCGAGGAAGAACGCAAGUAGCGUUGCGAAACUGAAUACACAGACCAUUAAUAAAGAAAGUAUAAUAUCUAAUACAGACAGCAAAAAAACGGAUGAUAUUUUAAACAAUUUUGUACAAAAAAUUUCGACGAGCAAAGAAACUAUUUCAAAUUUAACAAAAUUAAUCGAUAAUACAACUGAAGUCGGGAAUGGAAACAAAAAAUCAAGUGAACUAAAAAAUGGAGCAGUUGAAAGUAGUACAUAUAUGGAGAUUGACGAUUCAGAUAUUAACUCAAAUGCUGAAAAAACUGAAGAGAAGACAGGAAUCAGAAAGUCUAAAAGUGAUAUCGAAAGCAUGGCAGAUGACCCUGGUAUUGAGAAAAGGGAAAUCAAAGACAAAAAUGUUAAUUUAAAAGUUGAUGAAAAUGGAAUUGAAGACAAAAGCAAUGUGAGCGACAAAGAAAAAAUUAACAGAAUGGGAGAGUUGAGGAGCAAAUUUACGCGUAGGCAAUUAUCCGGAAUUCCAGAUAUCAAGAAUUCUUCACGUAUUACUACAAUUGUUAUUGGGGCUAAUGAACUUGGUGACUUUAAGAGAAAUUUUAAUAAUUUAUUAAGUGGAUCACUCGCUGGACCAGUAUUGACAACGGUAAUAAAAACCAAAUCUGUAUUGAAAGAUAAUAAAUGGAUAACAGCUACGGAGAAGAACUUUAUAUAUUAUCGCGAUCAAACGAAGCGACCGGAAAUUUCAAAAACUUAUAACACAACAACUUACACCAAUAGCCAACAAUUUGGUAGUGAAGAAGGCAAAGAGAAAACGAUGAACUUCGAAACCGACGCAUAUAAUCUAAAUUAUGCACCUGCCGCACAUCGUAGUGUUGAUGAUAGCUUUUUACCCAGUAGUUGUGCCGAGAUUAUGAAGCAAAAUAUUGGCGCUACUAAUGGUGUACAUUCUAUAUACGUUUUGGGUUAUGGACCAACCGAAGUAUACUGCUUUGCAGAUCCUGUGGGUUCGGGUUGUGCAUGGACUGUCUUUAUGCGUCGCAUAAAUACUGGUGAUUCAUUUGAUAAAAAUUUUGCAGAAUACAAAUUUGGUUUCGGCGAGCCAAAUGAAAGUUUCUUUCUCGGACUCGAUCGUAUAUAUGCGCAAACAACCGAAACAAAACAAGAAUUGGGUAUAUUUACGAAAUUUGAAACAAACGAUAUCGAAGUGGAAAAAUAUGCAUACUUUGUAUUGGGCAAUGAAGAAACGGGCUAUAGAGUGGAGGAGUUGGGCGCAUUUUCGAGAACAUCUGCUAUAAGUCGUCUAAUGCGAUUUUCGAAAUUCUCUACACGAGAUAUGGGUAACGGCUUUCAGUAUGAUAAAUGUGCACAGGUGCUCGGUAUGGGCUGGUGGUAUUCGGAGAGAUGUAAGAGUGCUAUCAAAUUAAGUGGAGUUCGUGCGUAUGUCAAUGCGCCUACAAUCAUGGGCCUACGACCAAGAAACUGUCAAAAGUAGUAUGAGUGGCAGCAACUUCAUGAACGUAUUACAGUAGAUUUCACUGAGCAUAGCAAAAAAAUAUAAGAAUACUGAAAUUCGAGAAAAAAAAUGUAUAUAUAACUUUCUCUGUAUAUAAAAGUUCUCAACAAAGUAAGAGAUGAGUGGAUUCUCUUAAAUAAAAUAUUUUCUAUAUUCGGAAAAAAAAA